AUAACUGACAGGAGAUGGGCUGCUUCUAUCUAAGUAUUAACCCAAAUAAUGCGGUUUAGUCAUUAAAUCUUGUAGGUGGUGGCUAGAUUGUUUCUCUAAUAUUCUAAUCCGGGUCACAGAAUGGCUAAGGCAGCUUUAAGUGGAGGGUGGAUAUUUAUCCCUGCGUUUGCCUUGUGUUUUCCACUCUGAAAGAAUGUUGUGCCUGCUCUUUUUUCUGGUGACUGCUAUUCAUGCUGAACUCUGUCAACCAGAUGGAGAAAAUGCUUUUAAAGUAAGACUUAGUAUCAGAACAGCUCUGGGAGAUAACGCAUAUGCCUGGGAUACAAAUGAGGAAUAUCUCUUCAAAGCAAUGGUGGCUUUCUCCAUGAGGAAAGUUCCCAACAGAGAAACGACAGAAAUUUCCCACGUCCUAGUUUGCAAUGUAACCCAGCGAGUGUCAUUCUGGUUUGUGGUUACAGAUCCUUUGAAAAAUCACACCCUUCCUGCUGUUGAGGUACAGACAGCCAUAAGAAUGAAUAGGAACCGGAUCAACGGUGCCUUCUUUUUGAAUGACCAGACUCUUGAAUUUUUAAGAAUUCCUUCCACUCUUGCACCACCCACCGACCCAUCUGUGCCCAUCUGGAUUAUUAUAUUUGGUGUGAUAUUUUGCAUUGUCAUAGUUGCAGUCAUGCUAUUGAUUUUAUCAGGAAUCCGGCAACGUAGAAGGAUGAGCAAAGGACCAACUGAAGUGGAUGACUCUGAAGAUAAGUGUGAAAACACGAUCACAAUUGAGAAUGGCAUCCCCUGCGAUCCCUUGGACACUAAGGGAGGGCACAUUAACGAUGCCUUCAUGACAGAGGAUGAGCGGCUCACCCCUCUCUGAAGGGCUGCUGUUUUGCUUCCCCCAAGGAACUCAACACUUGUUUCUGCGCAACUGCUAAGCAUUAUAAAUGAUCAAAGGCAGAUUGUAUAUUUUGUUUCACCAUUCUUCUUUUGUAAGAAAUUUUCAAUGUGCAUGAAAGUAAAAGGCAAUCAGUUAUAUCCAUGAAGACCUUUGGAAUCAUAAGCUGUUGACUACUCAGAAUAUUCCAAAAUAUUUCUCCAACAACACAAUGUGUAAUUGUAGUCAUGUGGUGUCUUUAGUUAUUGGUUUAAAAAUGCAUUUGUGUUAAGCAUUUCCAGAAAUAAGGUCAGGCCACUACAUGUAUUUUUUUUCACACUUUGAAGACCUAAAGAGAAAUAUUUUUUCCGGUGGAAAAUACCUAUAAUAUGGUAUGGAAAUCUUUGAAAAUGGAUCCUUUUUGAAUAUUGUUUAUAUCACUCUGCACAUGACUAAGAAAUCAAGAAUAGAAAAUAAUGAUUAUAACUGAGAUGGAUGAAUAUGGGAGUAUCAAUACAUGAGGUGAAAUUUGAUCCUGUUAUCAUACCAAUACUUGCUUAUUCUCUAUCAGUCUCCGAUAGGGUAGCCCUGUUUGUUGACUAUUUCUGCAAUUUGUAAAAGUACAAUCUAGGUGAAUUUAAUAAAGUGCUAAUCAUCUCUUUUUAAUUAUGCAA